AUGGCAACCACAACCACUGAUUCAUCAUCAUCGUCAUCCUCUGCCUUGAUCUAUUUGGAUUAUAAUGCAACCACUCCGAUUCAUCCAGUAGUGGGACAAACCAUGAUUCCGUACAUUACUACACACUUUGGAAAUCCUUCAUCAUCACAUCAGUAUGGAGCAAUUACCAAGAAGGCUGUAACUCAUGCUCGGAUUCAAGUUUCUGAAUUAUUGAAUUGCUAUCCAGAGGAAAUAAUAUUUACAAGUGGAGGAACUGAAUCUAAUAAUUAUGCUAUCAAAGGAGUUGUGGAGACAGCCUUACUCAAACGAUCCGAGAUGAUGAACUCGAGGAAGGAAAAUGAGGAAAAAUCUUCAUCAUCAUUGCAUGCACCACUCGUACAUUGUAUCAGUUGCAAAAUUGAACAUCCAUCUAUUUUGGAGGUUUUUAAAUAUUUGGAACAACGAUAUAGAGGUCUUGUUGAAAUUACCUAUUGUGGUGUCGAUAGUAAUGGAGUGAUUAAUUUAGAAGAAUUGAAAAAUGCUUUGAGAAAGGAAACUGUGCUGGUGAGUGUGAUGCAUUCCAACAACGAAGUAGGCACUCUACAACCCAUCAAAGAAAUUGGAGGAAUUAUUCGAAAUUUUGAGAAAACAAAUGGAAUGCAAAAACAUUCUAUCCUGUUGCAUACUGAUGCUGCUCAAAGCGUCGGAAAAAUAUUAAUUUCUCUUUACGACCAACAAAUAUUUUCACAUGUUGACGAUGAGGAGAAGGGAGUUAAAAUUGCUAUCGAUAGGAAUAAUAUAAAAAAAGAGCUGAAAGAGUUGAACGAAAAUUAUGUCAGUGAAUUGUUUGGAGAUGACGAUGAAAUCUCACCCGUUCAUUUACUCUCUGUGUGUACUCACAAAUUUUAUGGUCCCAAAGGAGUGGGCGCCUUGUUUAUACGAAAAAAUUGUGGAAUUCAACUUCAAAAACAAAUGCAUGGAGCUGGUGUUCAUGAGAAAGGUUUUCGAUCAGGAACAGAAAAUGUCAUUGAGAUAGUUGGUUUGGGAAAAGCUUGUGAAUUGAGCUUGGUAGAAAUGAUUGCCAGAGUGACACACAUGAAAAAGACAAGAGAUUUACUCCAUUCAGGACUACUGGACAGACUACAACAUCGCAUCUUUCUCAAGUUGAAUGGACAUCCAGAAAAAAGACUUCCCAACACACUCAAUAUUUCCUUUGCAGGGCUUGAAGCAAACACGAUUUUGGAUGACAUUUCACAAUACGUAGCUGCCAGUGCUGGUGCUGCUUGUCACUCGACAUCCCACUCGGAGGACAAUGACGAAAGCAAGUCCACUAAGAAAAUUGUUAUUUCACAAAUUCUCGAAGAAAUGGGUGUGAGUGUGAAUGUUGGUAUGGGUACAAUACGAUUUUCAACAGGAAUUCAUUUAACAGAGGAGCAAGUCAAGAGAGCGAUUGAUAUUAUUGCAGAAUCCGUUUUGAAAAUGAUUCCAGAAACAAUUCCCACCACACAUAACACAAAUAGUUUACAAACUUCUGCUAUUAAUUCAGAGACACAUCUCACAUCUCAAAAUAAUCACUCCAAUGCACUUGUAGGAUCGUUAUUACCACUGAGCUUGACCACGAAUCAUGAUGCUACAAGCAACACCGAGAAAGCUUUAUCGCCCACAACAGCCACUCCUCUGUCAGAUAUCAAACUAACCAGUACUACUCAUGGACUUGGUUGUGGAUGUAAAAUUAGAGCACAAACACUUUCAGCCGUAUUGAGAAAGCUACCGCUUCAACCAAUGAAUCCCAAUGUACUGGUUGGAACUGAGACCAGUGAUGACUGUGGAGUUUACAGGUUGAAUGCAGAACAAGCUCUAUGUUUAACAGUUGACUUUUUCACUCCCAUUGUGGAUUCACCAAAAGAUUUUGGUGCCAUUGCGUGUGCAAAUGCUCUUUCAGAUGUGUAUGCUAUGGGAGGAGAAUGUAGAGUAGCUUUAAAUAUUGUGGCGUUCCCUGUCAAACGUUUACCCUUAGAGAUUUUACAACAAAUUCUUGAGGGAGCACAAAUGAAAGCAAACGAAGCAGGUGUGACAAUUAUUGGAGGUCAUAGUAUUGAGGAUAAUGAACCAAAAUUUGGAAUGUGUGUCACAGGUGUUGUACAUCCUGACAGGGUUUGGAAGAAUGUUGGAUCUCGGCCAGGAGACGUCUUGAUUCUAACAAAGCCUAUUGGAACUGGUAUCAUUACUACGGGCUUGAAGAAGAACAUGAUCACUAGUAGUGAUGAGAGCGCCAAAAAGUGUGUCGAGUGGAUGUCAACGCUCAACAAGAAAUCUUCAGAAAUAUUGAGAGGAAAAUACAGAGAAGAACAACGAGAUGUGUCCUAUACAAUUCAUGGUUGUACAGAUGUAACUGGUUUUGGCUUACUGGGUCAUCUUAAAGAAAUGAUGACUUUGUCUGAGUGUGGAGAGGAGAGAAUUUAUGCUGAAAUUGAAUCCUCUAAGGUACCAAUCAUGGAAAAUGUUUACAACUUGGUUGUGUCGGAUGUUAUUCCAGGCGGUACUGUGAAUAAUAUGAAUUUUGUCUCAACUGUCACCAAAUAUGAAGAUUCAGUGAGCUCAAUUCAUAGAACCAUUUUGAACGAUGCUCAAACUAGCGGAGGAUUAUUAUUCUCUGUCCCACCACAUGAAGUUGAAGAAAUAAGGAAAGAUUUUAUGAAUCAAGGAGUGGAAAUGUGGAUUAUUGGUUGUGUCAAGGCUCACCAAGACACUCAAUCGUCUUAUUCCAUUCGAGUUGUGUAG